AUGGCUAUCCGUGACCACUUCCGCCGUAGCGUCCGCAAGUCUGACGCAUCAGAUACCGCCUCCGCCGCCUCGGGCCACCACUCCAACUCGUCCACCACGUCCUUCCAGCGCCUGGCUAAGACCUUCUCCUGGAAGCCACGUUCCGACUCGUCCAGCAACGCCAGCAGCAACACGAACUCGUCUUCCGAUGACGACACGCCGGCACCCUGCAUGACCGACGACAGGCCAGAAAAGGGCGUCCCCUCGUGGCUCAAGAAGAAGAACAAGCCCGCCAAGAAGCCCCUCUUCGCCGGCCUCAGCCUGCCCACUCUCUACGGAGGUGGCGCCAAGGCCAGCAAGUCGGCCGUCGACCCCCGCGAGAAGCCCUUCACCGAGGUCAACCUCCGCCACCAGGAGAUGCUCUCCGGUUUCACCUUUACCUUUGGCAACCGCUGCGACAGCCGCCGGUCGAGCAUCCACGGCGGCAUCAGCCCCGGCACCUCGCGCAGGCCCUCCUCCGACGGCGGCAGCCGGCCCAUGCCCUCCGCCGCCGACGACGACGAGAGGGACCCCUUUGACAAUUUCGACGAGCACUUCCUCUCCCCCGCUGCUGCUCAACGGCGACCUGCCCUCUUCGCCUAA